CCUUUCUCACUCACUGAUGUAACUGAAAAGGCCAUCGCUGUAGAGCUGGGUGGAUUUGGCAGGAGAUAUCCAAUGAUAUCAUAAUUGUUGGAAAAUUGCUUAAUCUUCUGUCUUAAUAUUGGAAAAUUAAUCCUUCUAAUUUAAGAAAUCACUUAUGUGAAAAUUUGAUUUCCUUUAUUGUCAUUUUUUUAAAAUAAACAUUAGGUAUGGAUUCAUCCUCACGCACUAAGGAGCUGUAUACUUAUGUACAAAAAUAUUUACAUACCAAUCAAAAUGUCAAUAAACUAUCUAAAGUCCUCAAAAAUAAUAAAGAAAAUGAUCCUUAAUAAAAAAUUUAAGAUCUAGAACCAACUACCUUAACCUUAUCAAAAUUGAUAUCUAUAUCCUCAUAAGUCCUCCUAUUCCUUUCCCUCCAUACCAUCCAAAAAAUAGUGAGGGGAAUAAGGCUUACAUGUCUCAUCUCACCUUUGAUCCAUUUUUACGCCCAAAUUUCUUCUCUCACUGGACCAAUCAUCACCCAAUUAAUACCCAAUAGACCAUAAGCAAGUCUCCAAAGUCUACAUGCAAAGGAGCACCAAAAUAGUAGAUGGUUACAUGACUCUGCAUCCCUUCUGCACAUAUAAUUGUCAUUAGUUUCUUAUUUCAAAAAGAAAAAAUAAUUGUCAUUAGUUUCCUAUUUAUCUCUUUGUAACUGCUACCUAUACCCAUGUUUACGCUUAUUCUCAAUAUACAAGAAAUUCAAUUUUUCUCUACACUCCAAAUGAUAUCAGCACUCUAGGUUCUUUUAUGAAUUUUUCUCAAUAUUAAGAAAGUAAAAAUAACAGAGUUUGCAGCCUUAUUUUGCUGAAGCCUUUCCAGCAUAUGUACAUCCUAGCAGUAAUUAGUUUUCUAUUUUUUGCUUUGUGACAGUUGUAUAUUCCCGUGUAUAUUCUUGUUCUCAAAAUAAGAAAUUUAGUUUCUCUCUAAAUUCCACAAUAAUAUUUUGUGUUUCAUGAAAAAAAUGCAGUUUUAGUUUAAAGAAUUACAAUGUGUUUAAGGGACUAGGAAAAUAUCCUGUCAGGAUAGUUUAAUAUAAAGAGUUACCAUGUGUUUAGGACUUAAAGAGACUAGGAAAACAUUCUGCAGGGAUGGUUUUUUUGUAUGAAGGGUAUGGAUCAUACUUAUGAUUAACCAUUUAGCAUAAAGCAGCAAUAUGAAGCUUUUUGCUAGAAUAUUUGAUGGUUUCCUUUUAUUUUUGCUAGCUAUUAUUGAUACAGCUAUUAUGAUCAAGGAUUUGUUGAUUGUAUUCAGGGACUGUACUAGUACAGUGGUUGAUAGAGCUGCUUGACAGUUCUGCCUUUAUUGCAUUGGCAGGAACGCAAGGUGAUGAGUCCAUUGGAGAUUCAUUCCUUUGUCAACUCACUUGGAUACACAUUCUCAUUUAUAGAGAUGCUUGAAAUUCCUACUAUUGCUGUUAUUGAAGGAGCAGCAUUGGGCGGUGGUCUUGAAUUGGCUUUAUCGUGUGAUCUUCGAAUUUGUGGAGAAGAUGCAGUCUUCGGCUUGCCUGAGACAGGACUAGCUAUAAUUCCAGGGGCUGGUGGCACAGUAAGACUUCCUAGAUUGUUGGGAAAAGCAUUAUCAAAGGAAAUUAUUUUUACUGGUCGGAGGAUUGGUGGCAGAGAUGCUAUGUCCAUGGGUCUUGUAAAUCACUGUGUCCCUGCUGGUGAUGCUCGAUUGAAGGCACUUGAGAUUGCUUGUGAAAUAAAUGAAAAGGGUCCACUGGCAAUAAAGAUGGCAAAGAAGGCUAUUAAUGAAGGGCUGGAGACAACUACAGCGUCAGCAUUGGAAUUGGAAGAAUUUUACUAUCAGCAACUUUUGAACACAAAAGAUCGUUUGGAAGGUUUAGCAGCAUUUGCUGAGAAACGGAAGCCAAGGUACAGUGGUGAAUAAAGAGUAAUGUAAGGUCACCAAUGUUCAUGGCCAAAGCGUAAUUAGGCAUGACUUGUUAUAUCUUACAGCUAUUUAGGCUCUUAAAUUAAUUUAUGGGACCCUCUUUUUAUUAUGACAAUAAAAAUCAUUCGGAAACCUUUUGGAGGCUGCAA